AUGGCCACGAUGGGUGGGGACCGAAGGCAGAUGAUGGAGGAUGCGGCGGAGGACAAGUUUCCCGAAGGGUUACGCGUCCUCGUCGUGGACGACGACCGCGUCUGCCUCAUGGUACUUGAAGCCCUGUUGCGCCGCUGUAAAUACCAACCAACGACGGUGAUGGAUGGAAAGACGGCGCUCAGGAUGCUCAUGGCGGGGAAGCAGCAGUUCGACCUGGUCAUUACCGAUGUGCGCAUGCCGGACAUGGACGGCUUCAAGCUCCUCGAGCUCAUCCGCCUCGCGAUGGAUCUGCCCGUCAUCAUGAUAUCCGUUGAUUGCGACAAGAAGGUUGUGAUGAAGGGGAUAGAUCAUGGCGCGUCCGACUUUAUGGUGAAGCCAGUGCGUACCCAUGAGCUCAAAAACAUAUGGCAACAUGUUCAAAGGUGGAGAAAUCCCAAAGCAAUAAGCCACAUCAGCGAUCAUGACAAUGAUGUCCAGAGAGUUCAACCAGCGACUACUGACAAGAGUAAGUACUCGGGGAAUAAGAGAAAUGUUGGAGAUGAUUCUAGCGAGAACAAUGAGGGCACGCAUAUAUCCGCCAUCCACAGAAAGCCCAGGAUGACAUGGAAAAUUGCGCUGCAUAACAAGUUUCUAGAAGCUAUCAACCAGAUCGGCCUUGAUAGGCUGUUCCAAAAAAGGUAUUGGAGCUGA